AAAGGGGCGGGGGGGGGGGGGCAUUAAUGAAAGGUGGGGAGUGACAAUUAAUGAGAAAAUUGACUAGAGAUAGACAUGACACGUCACGGUUUUUGAGCUUUUCUUACGCUUGACAUGAGCCUGCCAGCCUAAUAACAUUGAAGAAGAAGAACAGGGGAGGAAGAAAAUAAGAAAAAUGAAAAAGGAAAAGGAAGAAGCGUCAUUAAAUGCAGGGCAGGCACAGACGUUGGGGUUAAACUGAACUAAAGGUUGUUUAUAUUGGUAUUUGGGUUGGGUUCCAAACUAACAUUUUGGUUGAUUGAGUUUGGGUUGGAUUUGGUACUUUCCACCCACAUCAUCUGCUUUGUUUUGGCAUGUGGGCAUGGACUGCUACCAUCUGCUCUUAUUAUUUAUAGUUGACUAAGCAAACGCCAUGCCAUGAAAUGAAAGAAGCACAACGGGCAGUGUGAGUGAGAUCUAUUUAAUAUUCCUUUCUGUUGCUCAUUUUAUGCAGUACUAGUCUCUAAAUGAGGCGUCAAGACUUCAUUUUGUUUCUUCGGUUCGGUUCUCUCUCUCUCUCUCCUGUGAAUUCAACGGAGAAUUAGAGACAUUAAUUUUGGAUAUCAUAGCUACACAUUCCCCUUCCCCUUUUACUGUGUCAUUGUUGCAUUUCAACUAACAAUAAAUAUAUAUAUAAUACAUACCAUGCUUUAAUGUUAUUUACAUAGUUUAUUGAAGGUCUAAAUUACCCUUCUCUUAUUCACAUCAAUAAAAUUUGAGAAAAUAAAAAGAUACAAUGACAGAUGAGCUACUCAGAGACAUAUCAUAUGCAGUUGAUAUGAUCUGCCGUACCCUGUAAUGUCCUCAUCCUCGUUUAUCCAGUUAUAAGCUAUUUGUUAGUAUUUGGGUAUAUUACAUCAACAUCCUUCAACUUUUUUCUUGUUCACACUCCACUGCAAUAGCUUAUCAAUACCCUACAAACCACUCCUAAUGGAUUUAACACUAUUACCACCAAGAGCUGAACAUUAUCAACAAAUUACUUUUUAAGGUCGUUUGAUAUAUGCUACUAGAUGCCGCAAUUCAUCAUCUUCAAUGCAUUGGUUGAAGAUAUUAGGGUUCCUCAAUGAUUGAACUGGACAAAAGGUUUGAACAUCUUUUUUACGGAACCCCAUCUGGUAGUAUCCUCAUAUGUUGAGCUUUGGUGUAUAAAUCAAACCCAACCACGAGGUCCUUUCCAGGGAGAUCAAUCCCAAUACUGUAGUCUUUAUUGAACAUCCUGGGAAAAAAUGGAUGUUAAUAGGCUUACUAAUCCAGUGAGUAGCAAAGACUUGAUCUGCCGCUGAGUUGAAAUAACGGACAUGCGGUUUCCAAAACUCUAAAGCUAGUAUCUUUGGAUUCAUGAUGGUUUCAGCUGCACCAGUAUCUAUAAAGGCAAUAACAGUAAUGGGCUUAGUGUAUUUAUCUAAAUAAAUGGAUACUGGUAUGUGAGGGAUAGAGACUUUCAUAGAGGUAGAAAGAAUCUGGGCCUCUUGGGUCUUAAUAGCUGUCAUUUGAUGAUGAAUCUGAGUCUGAUACAAUUCCUUGGAUAACACAGAGUGAUUGUUCCGUUGGUUCAUCAUCAAUGGAGAAAAGGAAUUCAAGAUCAUCUUCUUCUCUGAUCUUAAUUCCUGAUUCUUGCUGUAUUUGUUGAAUCAUCCUGGAUCCCUUUUUAUUGUUUGGGCAGUUUUUUGCAAAAUGACCCUUUUGAUUACAGAUAUAACAUCUGUUGGAUUUGUUUCCCCUUGGAGAUCUCUUUUUCUUCUGGUAAAAUUAAAGGGGUUUUGUGUGAUUUACCCAUUAGGAGUUGACUAUUGAAAGUGAUAGCACCUAGAUCAGAAGACAGAUGCCGGCAAGAGAUAACGCUAAUAAAUGAAUUUUGAAUGCUUCCUGCUUUAAAUUCCUGCAUUUAUCCACUCACUUAUUCAGAAAUUUUUAGAGUGGGAACUGAGAAGAUUUGAGUAUCUCAAAGAAAAAAAAAAAGGGGGGAGGGCCUUAGUGGUAUGCCAUAUGUAAAAAAUAAUAAUAUGCUAUCUAUCUGCCUGUUAAUGUACAAUGUAAAAAAAAUUAUAAGCUAUGUUAUUGGAAUUUGGGUAAAUGCUGGUACUUGGAAUAGUACAAGGUUUUAAAAGAUAAGAACUGAUCCACUCAUGUAAUCAACCAAGCGAUGUUUGCCAUCAACAACACAAGAGAAGGGGAUGUUGAAGGCCAACCUUAACCCUGAUUUUUCCUUAAUGGGGGCAGCAAAUGACAUCAUCUUUCCCACUAAGAAGGAAGUCUAUAAAGCUAUGACAUGUGGAAAGUCCACAGCUCUACCUUUUAAAAGCAUCGGCUUAUCCAGGUUCCUUCACUCCUAUGCACAUUAGUUUCAUGGGAAAAUUUCACAUUUUUUAAUGAUAUCCUAAUGUUAUUGGCCUCGAUAAAGUGGUUUGCUUUUAGGCCCUCAUCUCAUGAUGCUUCCAUUUUCCUACCUACAGACCAUGGAAUAAGAAUGGUGGAAAGUAUAUAUGAAAUUGUUGAUAUAUAGAAUAAGAAUAGCAACUCUAAGCUCUCUGCUACAAUCUGUUUGUUGAUAUUGUGAAUCACUUCUUGGUUGCUUAUGAAAACUUGACAGCGGUUAAAUUUAUCAACUUUCUUAUCGGCAAUAUAGGAAAUUGUGGAAUCACAUGUAUCACUGAUCAUAUAUACAUGUGAUGUGUUUAGAUGACGAGUUUAGUGGUGGGAUGAGAGCCGUCCAGUCGGCAGAGAAUUUCCAGAACAAAAUGGCAAUGGAAGGGGUGCCUGGCUCUUUAGGCACCAGUGUUGGGUUUUCAUUGAGAAUAGGACAGACCCUGUUUUCUUCUGCUUCUCUUCUCUUCAUGUCAUUGGGAGUGGAGUUCUACAGCUAUUCUGCUUUCUGCUAUUUGGUAACAACCAUGGGAUUAGUGAUUCCAUGGAGUUGUACAUUGGCAGUGCUGGAUGGGUACUCUGUAGUGGUUAAAUGCCCUGUUCGUCAGCCUGGAAUAUUGUUCAUAAUAGCUGCAGGAGAUUGGGUGUUAUCGGUUCUGACGCUAGCCGCAGCAUGUUCAACAGCUAGCGUGGUGGAUCUCCUUUUCCAGACAAGCAGCUCCUUUUGCACUCCAAAGUGUUGCAGUAGAUAUCAACUGUCAGCUGCUAUGGCGUUUCUCACUUGGUUUCUGUCUUUGGCUUCAGCGCUUCUCAAUCUAUGGUUACUCCCUUCCUCGUAAGUUUCUCUAGGUUUUAUACUAUAAAUGUUGCGUCUCAAGGUAAAUGUAAUGUAGAUUAUUGGGAGAGCAUCACCAUGCGGGAACAAAGGGCAGGUAGGUAGAUGGGAUAAAAGAUAGGUUACAAUCAUGUAAAGUUUAAAACCUUAACCUAGUUUAUGUAUAUUCUGCCACUUCACACAUAAUCCGCCUGCUGAUGCUAACUUUAUGCUUCUCUCUGCUCCUAUCUUAACCAAUUUCUAUUCUGUUAACUUCA